AGUCACGUGAUGAGCAGCUGGUCCGGCGUCAGACGAGCAUGCAAAGCUGUGGUUAGCGGCAUGUCGGAGUGUGGCGUGCAGCAAAAGGACACGACGUUCACAAAAAUAUUCGUGGGCGGACUGCCGUACCACACCACUGACAAGUCGUUACGGCAGUUCUUCGAAACCUUCGGCGAAAUCGAGGAGGCUGUGGUCAUCACCGAUCGACAGACGGGCAAGAGCCGCGGCUAUGGUUUCGUGACGAUGGUUGACCGCGACGCGGCGGAACGCGCGGUCAAAGAAGCCAACCCGAUCAUCGAUGGCCGCAAGGCCAACGUCAACCUCGCCUACCUCGGCGCCAAGCCCAGGGCUAACGCGAACAACGCGACAUUUCUUCAACAUUUCUGUUGUGCAGGAUUCCCCUUAUCUGUGAGAGCAGGAGGCUACCCAACCUUUCUCCCUAGUCAAUAUGCUGGGCUACACCAGCCAUUUGUCUACCCGUCCGCCUACCUGCACACGCCGAGCCUGAUCCUACCGCCACACCCUCCCCUCUCGCCCGCUGCGGCCGCCUUCUAUGACUACGGGCCAUCGCCAUUUGGACAUGGGGCUGCAGCUGCAGCUGCCUCGGCCAACCAGGCUGCGGCCGCAGCUGCUGCAGCUGCCGAACUAGGCUACCCAUUCUCGACAAGCCCUUCAUCCGCCGCCCUGGCCGCAGCUGCUGCUGCCAGUUACCUGGCACCACCGCCGCCUCCGCCCACAGCUGCACACCAUGCCGGGCAAGCCGCUGCAGCUGCAGCUGCUGCCUACUACACACUGCAGCAGCCCCUGGGGGCGGUGACUAGUGGCGCUGCCGGGUCCCUGAGCACCAUGCCAUAUGCCGCCACGCAAGCUCAAGACGCCCGGCUACAGUGAUUUGGGUGGUGGCCCUGUUCGCCUCGUGCUGCCCGCCGCCGCCACCCACGCACGCAACCGACACUUUCAAGUAGUCUAGAGCAAUACCAAAGCAGGGGUGGGUACAUCGGCAGACAUAUAGGAGGCUCGUCACACCACCAAACCGGGGCACCCAGGUGCUUGCAAAGAUGAUUCCGAAAGAGCAGCACUGGUGAGGAAGAUAUGCCUGGUGGACUGCUUGGACGAACAUUUUUUUUAAUAGCUAAAUCUUAUAUUUUUGCUGAUGUUAUCUGAGUCCUUGGGGCAAGCUCCUUGCAGUAGUAAAUUAAGUGUGAUCAUCUGUUAUGGGCAAUGCAAACUUUUCUUUACUGACCAGAAACUUUGUGGAGUGCAUGCACACAUGGGGUAGGGACGCCGCGCUCAAAAUUGAUGCAAGGUGUUUAAGUUGUUUUACUGGCCUCUCUUUUCUAGUCUGAGGGAAUUAGACAUCCCAUAUUUGCUCAGGAAGUUGCUGUAGUUAGCCAUUUGUUUUGUUCUAUGGGUGGGUCUUGGCAAGAGUACUAUAGUCAAGGUGCCUCUUAUUUCAUCACCUGCAACAUACGUGCAGUAGAAAUUGCUGCUGUAGUCUGUGAUGAUCCUUUUCUGUUGCUUCCCCUUUCAAAGUGCACCGAGGGCCAAACUUUAACGAGUACUUGCUCAAGUUGUGAAGUGCCAGCAUUCCAUGUCGUGUUGUGUGCGAUGCUGCAUGCUUCUUGGAAUUUUGAAGGGAUCAUAUUUUCGCCGGAAAUAGCACUUGAACGAACUAUAGUCUAAUAUUGAAAGCUAGUCAUUACCACUGUUACUGUGCAUCAGGAUGAAUGACAGCUGCUUCACAUGUGCACUCGAGCAAGUGGCAUUGUUUGCACUUGAGCAUCAGGAACACUUCAGCAGUGCACAGUCUUAGGCACGAUUGAUUAACUCGUAAUCCGUCGACUAAAAUUAGCCAGAUUCCAAUGUGCUGCCACAGCUUCGACAAAGUUUCGGUUACCAUUGUAAUGUCAAGGCUUUGCAAGGAGCUUGCUUCAAGUAGACAAUGCAUAGACGGGGCAUUCCUCAGAAGUGUAGUUAGUCCAGAAUGCUUGCCAAUCUUUUCAAGGGCGCCUUCAGUGGUCACCCAGCAUGCUGCUUUGUGCGCCCCUGGCUGAAUGCGCGUCCCCCCUCGAUGGCAGGUCACUUUAGCAGACAGCCUGAUGUUUUAUUAAGCCGCCAGCAUUGAUUACAGAAACACAGCAGCACUUCUGCCCUUUCAAUAUGUGGGGGCUAGCUUUGUACCAAAAGAGAACUACUACAACAGUCUGGUACCACUGUGGGGUCUGAUGCUGCCGCUGUGCUUCUGUGGGCAGCCGUCGCACAAGAGUACAUGUAUACAUACGCAAGACACAGACCACUUAAUUAACUACACUCUUUAACAUGCAUGAUGACCGCCCUGCGUACCAAAGGGGCACGUGGUAACACUUCGCAUGAUCAUGUUGCUACAAGCGUAUGCGCGAGCUCCAAAUGCCUGCAGUGUGCUCUUUGCCUGCAAUCAUGAUUGCGCACCCUGCAUUGCUUUUUUUUUUUUUCCCCGUCUCCAUGGCUACCUAAUCGGCACUUUAUUUGGUAGCUAUUUGGCAUUCUCCAGCAUUCUCUUUGUGGUCUUUCAAACUUGUGACAGUUUGAAGUGGCUGUUUAAUUCACAAAUGCUGUUGUUAAUGAACUGCUCAUGGAAGUUCUGAUUGCAUUGUUGAGUUGGUUUUUCCUCUCGUUGGCUUUGAACAUUAUGCGCAAGCAGACAUGGCAAAAUUUUCUAUACAGCUCGCAAAGACUAUUCUUUUUUUUUUCUGUUAACUUUCUGUUACGUUUGCAGAGAUGUUUCUGUCAUGGAUGCAGUGCAAAGAGUAUCCUGGUGGCAUCAUUUGGGGCAUCUUAUUGCUAGCAGGCAGCCAUCAUUUCAUACACCCCAUUCAUUCUGCAUAUCAGUGCCUUGUCUGCUAGAGGAAAAAAAAAAAGAAGAUAUAAAACAUCAUCGGUGAAUAAUCUUCACUCUCGUCACUUGCUGCUCAGUGAAACUGCUUGCUUUCAUUCUCAUUUCUAUUUGUUAAUUGUUUGUAAAUGGCUGUUUUCUUUUGCUUGAUGCCUGCUGGUAGCAUUGAUGCAUGCAGAAUGGUGCUGUCAGUUCUUGCACACUGAGAGAACGCCUGCUGUAAUCACUACUUCAGAAGGUGGCAUCACAUGCUCUUAGUGAUGUGAAUGACCUUAAGAUGAGAAUUGUCUGUGUUGCAAUGUGCCACCGUGAAUUCUGGCAGUUCUUUAAGCCAUCACAUGGUCUAUUUUAUGACGGAGCUUUGAGCUAGCAAGGUGAGAGAGCAGUACAGUGGUUCCCCCUUUUUUUUCCUUUUUUUUCUCACUAGCUCACAGACACGCUAUUUAAGUACUGUCUAGGUUCUGUAAAAUGCCACCUCAUUGUGAUAACCAAAUGCUCUUGCAUGUUGUUGCUUCUCAUUGCUUUUUUUUCUCUCCCUUUUUUCCCCCAUCUUUCACCCAAUCAUCUAUGCAUCACCUCCAAGAGACGCUCAUUCCGGACAUGCCGGUGGAAAUUUUCAUUGAAACAGUUUUAGGGGAAAUGCGAGAGGCACGAAAACUAGCCAACCAAGUUCUUUCAGGAGAGAUCGGCUUGAAGAGAUAUUUGUGCAGACAGACCCACGAGGCAGAAUUGUUCUCGGUCUGUAUACAUACGUCUCGCAACUCCUGCUGGAGAAAAGAAAAAAAAAAAGAGAUUAUGGGUGCAAGAGCUCGAAAGAAGAUGCAAGAGCUCCCGAGAGCCUCUUGUUGGCGAUGUCACAACUCACUUAGUUCGCGACGGCUAAUUCCAAGGUGCAUGUAGUGAUUGUAGCUCUGCAGACUGUGCGUCCCAGCACAUGCAUUUCUUUCCGAGUCAUCUCGUUCUCUGCAUUGAGAAGGCAGGUGAAGUUGGCUGACAUGGCGCUUAUGACUUUUCCCCCCCCCCUCUCUCUGCGAAGAAGCUAGAAACCAAAGCAAAUUUCUGUCUCCACAUGUCGCUGUGCGUCAUGUACAAGAUGAAAGAAAAUAUGUAGCUAGGAUGAACUAUAUUUUCCUCUAAAGAUUCAGAAAAAAAAAAUGCUGCCUUUGUAUUCAACUUUACACAGCUGCAGCCUUCUUGCCACACGCGAGUACCUACAGGGUCUUUCUCAAAUGCCUUAUAGAAAAACACGCAGGAAAUUGUGGGCCUUGCAGGCCGUCGGGUUUGACUAUCCGACGGGGGACAGGCACUUGUCUCAUAAACACUGGAUCUCACCCGCGUGUCUCUCUCUCCUUUUUUUCUUUUCUUUUAUAAACAUUGUUGUUCGUCUACUAUUUAUCACUCCCUGCCCCUUUUAUUUAUGUAUUUAUUUUUAUUUAUGUUUUCCCUCCCUCACACUUCCCUUUUGUACCCCAAACUUUCUUGUUGAGACGACGGAAGGCACAAUACGGUCGAACAUUUAAGCAAGGUGCUUUUCCUAGCCUCGAGCUGUGGCAAACGCACAGUCUAAACAAGGCUGUGUGUGCCGCGUAUCAGUUGCAUGCGUCAGAAUCAUCUGUGUGCUGUCGUUCAGAAACGAGGGAUGCACACCUGUGCCACUCUGUGCUGUCAUGUGAUCCACAGCAGCUGCUGUUGUCCGCGCGUGGCAGCUCAAACGGAACGGGGCAAGUCCUAGUCCCAAUGUCCGAGCUUCAAUGAACAUGUCGGUGUUCUGACAAGCCCCCAUAACUGUGGCACUACUGGAAACUUGAUGCAGUCUUGGUUCUCAAAAGCCGGGUUCCUUUGAAAACUUAAACUUGUGGGCUGCCUAUGUUCUCCUGCUGUCUGAAGGUGCGCAUUGGAUUCGAAUUGGCACCACAAGGUGGCCAGUGCAGCAGCAACCACAGCAGCAGCUGUAUUCAAUCUGCGGACUCUUGCUCAGUACUAUACAGCAUGUAUAUUCCAAGUUGUUGGGAACAAGCAUUUUAUGACUUGCGCUUUGCUUGUCGUGUUCAAAGCUCAUCCAAAAAGGAGAAGAGGAGGGGUGAGCUGCUCAGAGCUUUGACAGAGCCAUGAACAGAAUAGAUAUGGCACAGUUAUGGCACAUCGUGUCUUUCGAGGCUUCCGAGAUCUGACGUGCUUUUAAAACUCUAUUCACGCCGAAAGGUGAUCAACCCCUCUAUACAUUUGUGCAUUCCCAAUCUCCGCAGUGGAGUGUCUAUGCAUUUGCCACAGCUCUGGCGAAAGCUGGAAGCCGUUUUCUACUAGGAUGCGUAAAUACCCCCCCCCCCCCUUCCCGUCCGUCCGAGUCUAAUCCAGUACCGCUGUCACAUGUAGCCGUGUAAAUGUCAUUUUGCUCAAAUGAGUUCUCGCAGAGGUGCUGUUGUGAAAAGAAAUGGCUGUGAUGCAGCAACAUUUUGUGGCAGUGGUUCAUUCACCCUUUGCUCGAAUGCUGCCCACCUGUUUCUUUUUUUUCUUUUAAGUGGAUAUUCGUUCAAGACGAACUCAUUUACAUGAAAUGGCCUUUACCUAUGCUAGCAUGACACGGACAUAGCUAAGGUGGAUGAGAUGUAUAUUUUACACAAGGAGCGAGAGAGAGAGGAGGAACACUCAUUAUUGUUAGAAACUUCUAACCAGUCAGGUUUUAUACUGAGCCUCAUGCACAUCACUCACACAUUGUCACAGAACAAUCAGGUCAGAGAAAUUCCACCAGUUUCUGUCUUUUUUUUAAACCUUCCAUUUGAAUGCUAUUUACUUAUUUUAUCUCAACCAACAGUUGUCUUUGUUUUUGUUCCGUUCUCUUUUACAAGCAGUUCUCUAUUCUGCUUUUAGAUCGCACAUUGCCUUAAGACAUACUGAAAUUCGACAUUGAAUUUGUUUUAAUUUGAAUUGCGUGCCUUAAAGGUUCCAGGUAACAACCAAACAAUGGCUAUUGUUGUUUGUAAACUGACAAUCAUGUAAGUUUUUAAAUUGGUAGCCCAGAGAUGCCUUUACUGGUUGUAUAAAUGGUAAAGCGCCAAGCCUGCCUUAACCAUAGCUUUAGACUUGGGGGGGAGAGUAAAAGAGUUCCUGCUCUAUCCUUUCCUUGUUCUGCAAAAAAAAAAAAGUCUUUUGUUCUAGUCAGUGUGCUAUAAUAUUAUGGACUCUAGGAACUGUGCCAUUUUAAACGCCAAUUUUUUUUUCCAAUUGAAUGUGGUCUUCAUUGGACGAAUGUGUGAUGCAGAACUGUUCUAUGCGAAUGAUGUGGUAUGCCUGUUCUGGCAUUUGGAAGAAGUGUUGAUCUGGACUGAUUGUGGACAUUGCAAAAUCGUUUGCUUAGAUCAAAGAUGGUGUAACACUUGGAACACUGCGCACUUUCGAGAUACGCACAGAUACUUACCUGUUCCUGUUUAAUACACUCAACAUGUGUAAAAAAAAAUUGAGAUAUCUGAUGCUAUGGUUUAUACUGUUUAUCACUGGUGUUAUUUUCUCGUAAAGGGGCCCCUAAAGGAGGGACAAAUAAGAAGGCAAAAAUGCUGAGUAAUUAAGGCCCAUUUUAUUCGCUCUGAUGUUCUCAAUCGACCUGAUUGUGAUAUGUAUCCUAAGAAGUUUCAUAAUAAACUCCUGUACACUUGGUUA